GUGAGUCAUCCCUCAACAGGGUCCAGUCAGUAAAGUUCCCAGUUAGUUCCUAGAUCUAGGACAAUGGAAACGUGUGGGUGGGUCGUACUUUUGGGCUUGGGUUUGGUACUUGUGGUCCCGAUCGCAGUUGAAGCUCAAAGUGAUUCCGAACUCGAGGAUGGCUUCUUUGAUUUCUCUUUCGACGAAUUCGACGACCAAGAUGGACCAAUGGGUGGGUUAGACUCGGAUGAGGGGCUGGAUCCUGAUUGUUUGGACUUGGAUCCCGGCAACAAUUGCACGGCUAACAAUGUCACCGUGGUCCAAUUGGACCGGGACCAACUCUUGGAAGGGUUGGUCAAGCAAGCCUGGUCCGAACUAAAGGCCAAAUCUUUUUCGCCCGACUUCACGUCCGUUCAGAUUGAUCCGUUGGAUAUGAGUGAUCACAUGAACUCGAGCAUUUCCUUCCAGCAGACCACCACAUUGUACAGUGCUGACCUGAAUAUCAGUCGCAUGGUCAUCGAGGGCCUCUCGCGCAUGGAGAUGCUCUACACCGAGAUCUACCGAGAUGAGAACCUGACCAUGAUCAAUGUGAACAUGGGUCUCACCAUCGAUGUACUCACUGUCACCGGGGAGUACUCGCUCAAGGGCUCUUUCGGCUGGUGGGACUUGGACAGCAAUGGUGUGAAACCAUUCUCCAUCUUCGUGUCUGACAUGACGUGGACGCCAGAGUUGGAAGUGAAAGUCCUCAAUCAAUCGGCGCAUUGGGCUCAGAAUUGCUUCACCGACUACGGGAUCGCCCUGACCGAAAUUGGUUUACCUUCGUCGUAUUCCAAUGCCACGUUUAUCUUCGACGGUAUUGGCUCGUUUGCGAACUCCGUCAUUAAUGGCUUGGGAUCCUACAUCCUACAAACGCAUGGCGAUAUCUUGGUCCAACAAUUGAAGACCAAGCUCGAGGAAGCAGAUUUCAAUAUUGUUUGCAAAGACUUCAUCCCAAAAUAAAAGUGGCAAUUGGCAAUGCCCACAUAGUUUUUGAAAUAUAGGGUAUAUAUAUGUAUCAUGA